AACAAACUACAGUUACUACAGAUCCAACUACAGUUACUACAAAACAAACUACGGUGACUACAAGACCAACUUCUGUUACAACAAAGCCAAUUACAGUUACGACAGGGCAAACUGCAUUUACUUCAGUGCCAACUACGGUAACUACCAAACCAACUACAGUUGCUAGAGAACAAACUACAAUUAUUACAGAGCCAUCUACAGUUAUUACAGAACAAACUACAGUUUCUACAGAGUCAAUUGCAGUUACUACAAAACAAACUACGGUAGCUAGAGAGCCAACUACGGUUACUACACAACAAACUGAGUUGACUACAAAGCCAACUACAGUUACUAUAGAGCCA